AGGCAGCAGGAGCAGAGAGCAGCCAUUGCUGUGUCUGGCAGCAGGAUUCUACAGACUUCUCGGCUGGUGGCCGUGACGGAGUUUGGCCUGCAUGACGCAGGGUCUUCUGUCCUGGCGGCUUAGACAUGCAGGGGACGGGGGCGACACCAAUGGACUGCGGAUACAGAGUAAGGAUUACACAGUAGUAAGGAAGACAUCCGGUGAGUGUGAGACACCCAGCAGCCGUCCCCGUGUGUCAGGAGGACUGAGCAGGACCCAGAGCCCCAUCACGUUGCCACCACCUCACUGACUGAUACAUGAGAGGCACAGUGACCAGAAGAUCCUGGAAUUCAUCAACAAGAUCAUUCAGCUGCUGACUGGAGAGGAGGGGGAGUAUAUAGAGAAACACAGGGGUCUGUACAAGGACGUGAUGAUGGAGAAUCACCGGCCCCUCACAUCACUGGAUGGGCUCAGUAACAGAGAUACCCCAGAGAGAUGUCCCCGUGCUCUGUAUUCCCAGGAUUGUACAGAGGAGAAUCACAGGACCCCACAGGAGGAUCGGGUAGAACGUCUGUCUAAUAUUAAAACAGAAGAUAUAGAGGAAGAAGAAGACACGUAUGUGACUGCUAUAAAGGCAGAAGAUAUAGAGGGAGAACAAGACACGUAUGUGACUGAUAUAAAGGCAGAAGAUGUAGAGGGAGAAGAAGAGACGUAUGUGACUGAUAUAAAGGCAGAAGAUAUAGAAGGAGAAGAGAUGUAUGUGACUGAUAUAACGGCAGAAGAUAUAGAGGGAGAAGAUGGGACGUAUUUGACUGAUAUAAAGGCAGAAGAUACAGAGGGAGAAGAAGAGACGUAUGUGAGGGGUGAUCAGCAGUGUAAGGAGGAGGAGAUCCCUACAGAUAUCGGCACAGCAGACGGACACACAAGCAGGAAUAUCUCAGAAGGACAUCUAAUGUUAUCCCCGGAUUGUGACAUAAAAGAUAAUGACAGUAGACAGGAUUCUUCAGGAGAUAAUCCCAUUACACCAGUUAUACAUCCAGCUUUAUCAGCUGAUCCCUCUGAUCCUGGGAAAUGUUCUCCUGAUCACUCUGAUAUUGGUGCAUCUGUUACAGCUCUGAGAGUAGAUACAGUGUUUCCCUGUUCUAUAGAUGCCAAAUGUUUUACACAGAACACAAAGCCUAUUAACCAACACACAGGUAAGGCAGGUGAGAGGCCACUGAUAUGUUCUGAGUGUGGGAAAUGUUUUACAUACAAAGCAGCUUUUGUUACACAUCAGAAAACUCACACAGGUGAGAAACCAUUUCCAUGCUCUGAGUGUGGGAAAUGUUUUACAUACAAAUCAGAUUUUGUUACACAUCAGAGAUAUCACACAGGUGAUAGGCCAUUUCCGUGUUCUGAGUGUGGAAAAUGUUUUAUACAAAAAUCACGUCUUGUUAUACACGAGAGAAGUCACACUGGUGAAAAACCAUUUACAUGUUCUGAGUGUGGAAAAUGUUUUAUUCGAAAAUCAACUCUUGUUAUACAUGAGAGAAGUCACAAUGGUGAGAAACCAUUUCCAUGUUCUGAGUGUGAGAAAUGUUUUAUAUAUAAGUCACAACUUGUUAGACAUGAGAGAUAUCACACAGGUGAGAAACCAUUUCCAUGUUCUGAGUGUGGAAAAUGUUUUAUUCAAAGCUCAGCUCUUUUUAUACAUAAGAAAAGUCACACAGGUGAGAAACCAUUUCCAUGUUCUGAGUGUGGGAAAUGUUUUAUACAUAAGUCACAACUUGUUACACAUCAGAGGAGAAGUCACAUAGGUGAAAAACCAUUUCCAUGUUCUGAGUGUGGAAAAUGUUUUAUACAUAAGUCACAUCUUAUUACACAUCAGAGAAGUCACACAGGUGAAAAACCAUUUCCAUGUUCUGAGUGUGGGAAAUGUUUUGUAAACAAAUCAGCUCUUGUUAGACAUGAGAGAAAUCACACAGGUGAGAAACCAUUUCAAUGUUCUGAGUGUGGUAAAUGUUUUGUACAGAAAUCAGAUCUUGUUACACAUGAGAGACGUCACACAGGUGAGAAACCAUUUCUAUGUUCUGAGUGUGGGAAAUGUUUUGCACACAAAUCACAUCUCGUUAGACAUGAGAAAAGUCACAUGUUCUGAGUUUGAGAAGUAAAUCAGCUGUUUCACACAAUAGACAUCACACAGGUGAGGAACCGUUAUUAUCUCAUCAUCACCAUUGCCAUGCAAUGUUCCUCAAGGUCCUGUCCUAUCUCCUAUGCUUUUUGCAAUAUACCUGCUGCCACUAGGUGAAUCAAUCAGAUGUCAUGCCCUGGUCUACCACUGCUGUGCCGAUUACCUAUUUUUUGCUCUGUGUACUCGGAACCCAAUACCAAUCCUAAGUGGCUGUCUAGCUGAGCUCCAGGUGUGGGUGAUACCAGUUGGCUGUGACUAAGUUGUGGUGAAACAUCCUUAUGAUAGAGACUCACCUACAAAGGGCAAGGCUACUGCGUUACCAACCAAUAUGGGGGAAGCUUUCUGUCUGACCUCUCAUUACACAACAUAUCCUGAUCCCGGCUCUAUGUGACCUCUCACAUCUAUCACUUGUGUCACAUUACAUCUUAUACCUGUAGUUUUAUGUUUCUGUUUCCCUGUUACCUGUUCUGUAAGAUCACCUGCUCUCAUUGUGUGAGGGGGAGGGGGGGGGUUCACUUUCUAGCAUGAGUGGUAGUUUCUGGAAUUGGAUCGCCCAGAGGAUUGUGGGAGUACCAGCCUGGAGGUGACAGGGGUUAGUUCCUAUUACCUAAUGAUAGGGAUACGGUCUGACUGUCACGUUCCUGGUACACACCGCCGCUCUGCCUAAUAAUGAUUGCCACUUUACAUAUGUGCAGCUGUGCCAGUGUCACCCCAAGCCUGUAUCACACAGGCUGUCACAUAAGCCCCUAUAUCUGUUGUAGAUGCAGUAAUCAGCCUUUGGCACAAUUAUAUAUAUAUAUAUAUAUAUAUAUAUAUAUACACACACACACACACACAUUCAUGGGUUCGCCACUCCCAAAGCCUGGUAUACGGCUGCGUUGACUCUGGACUAAAUAAAGCACAGUGGACCAACACCAGCUGAUGACAUGGUUUCCUAAAUCAACACAGACUGUGUAAACUUCACACUGGACUUCAAGCAUCUUGGACUGUGUGCCUCUCCUUUCUUCCUCCGUACUCUGGGACUUUGGUAUUCAAAUGAGAUGCAAAAUUUGCUCUAAUCAGAAAAGGACUUUGGACCACUGAGCAACAGACCAGUUCUUUUUUUCUUUAGCCCAGGUAAGAUGCUUCUUACUAGGCCAUUUUAGAGCACAUCACACAUCCUUCAGCAGACGAGCUUUAUGGAGAUGCGGACUUCAUUUUCCAGCAGGACUUGGCACCUGCCCACACUGCCAAAAGUACCAAAACCUGGUUCAAUGACUUUACUUUCUGUGUUGGAUUGGCCAGCAAACUCACAUGACCUGAACCCUAUAGAGAAUCUAUGGGGCAUUGCCAAGAGAAAGAUAAGACAUGAGAUUGAACAAUGCAGAAGAGCUGAAGGCCAUAACAUCUCAGCAGUGCCACAGGUUGAUAGAAUCCAUGCCAUGCCGCAUUGAGGCAGUAAUUCAUGCAAACGGGGCCCAAACCAAGUACUGAGUACAUAUGUAUGAUUAUACUUUUCAGAGGGCCGACAUUUCUGUAUUUAAAAUCCCUUUUUUUUAUUGAUUUUAUGUGAUCUAAUUUUCUGAGAUUUGGGAUCUGGGGUUUUCUUAAGCUGUAAACCACAAUCAUCAAUAUUAUAACAAAUAAAGGCAAGAAAUAUCUCACUGCAUGUAAUGAGUCUAGAUAAUAUAUUAGUUUCACCUUUUAAGUUGAAUUACUGAAAUAAAUGAAC